AUGCUCUGCUUUGAAGAUGACCGAAUGGAGCAGAGCGCAACAGCUCCCAGUUUACGAACUACAGCGCAGAGAAAUGCGAUCCAACCCAGACAUGGCUGCUUUAAUGUGACAACUCAUGAGAGGGCCCACGUCUUCCCCUGGACGCCACACGAGGGUCAACUUCUUCAUUUGAACUGCCUCACUGCAGCUGCUGAUGCCCCGCAAGCCUCCACUGCACAGGGCUGUCCCGUUUCUCUUCUUCCCUGGCCGCAGCAGCCCCCCCUGGACCCCCACUCAGCCUUCUGCCUCCAUGAGGGGCGGGAGAAGCUGGCGGAGGCCUUGUGUACGGGGCCCCUGCCUCUUCUGCUCAAUGCAGACGGAAACCUGCGCGAUGGAGAGCCUCUGUGUCAGGAUGUGUCCACAAUCACUGAUCUGUGUUCAGAAAUCCCAGAGUUGGAGAUAGUAAGUCUUCUGUCAGAAGGACAGCCCAACUACACUCUGCGAGCCGACAGUGUGUUUGGAUAUGACAAUGAUGACUGGCUGCACACUCCUCUGGUGCCUCCAGAGGUCGUCCUUGGUCUCACAUGUGAGCAGAUUGAAGAGACGUUCAAGUACUUCUUGCUUUGCUCCGAGCGCUUGGGCCAGGUCACAAAGACGUACCACGACAUUAAAGCGGUCACGCACCUGCUGGAGGAGAAAGAGCGUGACCUGGAAUUAGCGGCUAGAAUCGGGCAGUCGCUCCUAAAACAGAAUCAAGAGGUGACGGCACGGAAUGAGCAGCUGGAUGGACAACUUGAAACGGCAAAAGAAGAGAUCGCUCAACUCCGUCAUGAGCUUUCCAUGAGAGACGACCUGCUGCAGUUUUACGCCAGCACCGAAGAGCUUGAAAAUGCAGAAGCACGUUCGCCACUGAAACGAAGUGAAUCCAGCAGUUCUCUGAGCAGCUUUGUCCACUAUGACUUCCUUCAAAAGAAACUCAAAGGUUUAGAGGAGGAGAACCGUAAACUACGAAUUGAGACCAACGAGCUCACGUCUGAAACCACCCACUAUGAAGAGCAGGAACAGGAGCUGAUGAUGGUCUGUGUGGAAGAGUUGUCGUCUGUGAACAAGCAGGUGGUGGAUUUGUCGGAGGAGCUGGCCCGGAGAGCGGAGGAUGCGGUUCGGCAGCAGGAGGAGAUUAGUUCUCUGCUCGCUCAGAUUGUGGAUCUACAGGCUCGAUGUAAAGGGGUAACCCGUGAGAAUGAAGAUCUAACCCAGCACCUUAAUGCUGCCAGGGAGUGCCAGCUUCAACUCAAAUCAGAGCUGAAGGACCUGCAGGACAAGUACUCUGAGUGUGAGGACAUGCUACAGGAAGCCAGAGAGGACAUUAAAAACCUGCGUAACAAGAGCCUGCCCAAUGGCACAGUGCAGCGCUACGCGGCCCUGGCCUCUGUGCUGCCCAUGGAUUCUUUGGCUGCGGAGAUCGAGGGCACGUUUAGGAAAGGCCUGGACACGCCAGCGCCUUCAGAGUACAAGUCUCACCCGCGGCGCGUGUUCGAAACAGUGAAGGUGGCUAACAGAGCGGUGAAGCUGCGUUCUCGUGGUCAGUCCCCCGCUCUGCCAGGCUCCUCCCCCGCCUCCAUCCGCUCCAGCUGCACCAGCACCCCACGCACCAGCUGUUACGGCUACGAAAGCUUCACCCUGGAGGAAAAACCCAGCAAUAACCAGUCCCUUAAAGAAGACAGUGCCAGUGGUCCCAAGCGUCUGGGUGAGCCUGGGACCCCUGGUGGUCAGGACCUGGAGGCUGCACUGCAGUCGCUCUCAGCCAGACAGCAGAGCCACUCAUCAGACCGACCCUUCUUUGACGUGGAGCGAGAGCGCAAGCUCCGUGCUUUGGCCGGCAACGAAGAGGUGGAAGGCUCCAGUAGUUUCCUGACGCCCAACGACAGCAUCGCCUCGAGUCCAGCUGCCUCCACCAGCACCAACUACUCCAACGGUAGCUCCCGCCACUCCUGCAGCUCCUCAGGGGGGUCCCGCUCCUACCUGCCCGACCGCCUGCAGAUUGUCAAGCCUCUGGAAGGUUCCGUGACACUGCAUCAGUGGCAGCAGCUGGCCAAACCAAACUUGGGGGGAAUCCUGCACCCACGACCCGGUGUUCUGACUAAAGACUUCAGAGAGCUGGAGGUGGACAUUCAACACGUGUACAGCCUCAACGAUCUGGAGGAGGACGAGCCCGACAUGUCCCGGGUCACUGCAGCACAUGGACCGGUCACUUCCCCUGCACCCCUCCCUCCUCAUCCCAUCCUUCUCCUCUGGCAGCAAAAAACGCCUGUCCAGGCUCUUUCUCCAUCUAUAGUUGUGAAGAAGUCCAACCUUCACACUUUCAGCCUUCCCCCUCGCCGGGACUUUGAGCACAUGAGCACUUCUUCACACACCGCCGCGUCACCGUCUGGAGUGGGACUCGUUCAGCUUCUGCAAGAGCGUGGGAUCUCCGCUUCAGUCCUCCCACAAACCUGCACGCAUUUACCUAGAGACACACGGGAACGGUGUGUGGGGAAACCGGCAGCCACUUUCAGCUGGAAUUUAGUGGAGAAGCUGCGGAGCCUUGGACUGCACAGAGUGGCAGCUUUGGGGAUGACGGACCCUGAGCCUCCUCCUUUUAACCACGUCAUUAUGUGA